UUCUUCUAUUAAGAAUUUGAGGGAAGCAUUUGAUAAAUAAACCACGUCCUGGCCCAUUUUGAAACUAGUCUACUCACGGACUGCUAAUUAGCUUAUUUGUUCAAUAACAAGCUUGUUCAGUCAUGCUACCUUAAAUCCCCAAAGUAUCCGUUUUAUCCUAGUGGAGAGGGUGGGAAAAAAAUACAUAGUUUGAUUAGGGUGUAGUCCUGGGUAGAUUUAGGCUAUGGCAUGUUGUCUUCUUGAGAUUUUCUGUUUAAUUUCUUUCUUUCACAUUAGCUGAUGUAAGUCAGUGGAAGAAGUCCUAUUCCUUAUGAUGGGCUGCCAUAUUAUAGGAUCAUUAGUGUGCUUGUCAGUAAGAACAGUCCUGUUAUUCCUUUUAGUAUUUUAUUAUUCCACUUCUUCCCAAUUUUGAUGAUGUAACUACUUAUUGAAAUCUAAUAUGCCUACUUGGGUGUUUGAAAAUAUAUGACAAGAGGCUAUGCAUCUUUGUCGGCAUUCAUGUAGGUAGGCUAUGUCAUUGAUUGUAAGUCAUGAAAACGAGAAUAUGCUGUAUUGAUAUGACUGUUAUCCUCAAUUAUUUAGUCAUUUUAGUUGUGUGAAAGCUGCUAGGCAGAGAUGGUAAGGGGUCUCUCAAUAGCUCAUAAACGCAAAAGAUCUUGCCUACCUAAGUAUCUGCAACUAAUCAGCCUUAACCACCUUUAGAUUUGUUGUGAAGGUGGGGCAACUUGGAGAAAUUCAUUGUUAUAGCAGGAACAUUUUCAAACCCCCUGCACUUGGGGAACAUAACCCCCUGCAAUACUUUCUUCAAGACCUAUUUUAAAGGGAUAGUUCACCGACAUGAAUUCAUGUUUAACAAAAUUCUUAGUAGAUCUAUGUUCAUCACACAGUGCACCAGACUGAUGCAUUUAUCUGUUGAAAUUCCACCUCUGGCUUUGGGCUAAGCCCCAAAUGUCCUGAAAUCCUAGAAACCCCCCUGGUAAACAUGUUCUAUAAGCAGAACUCUAUAUGUUAUUUCAUGGAUUUGGCCAGCUAAGAAAGGCAGGGGUUUCAUUUGAAACAUUGCCUAAUUGUUUACCAGUAAAUUUGGGCUGAAUUAAUUAUAUUUGUGUCAUCCAUUUCCUGCAAAGCUUUGCACCAGCCGGCCUAUACUGUCCAAAUAUUGUUUAAGUCUGAAUUUAAUAGCAUAUAGCCUAUGUUUGUAGUAGGCCUGUGCAUCCUCUACCUAUUUAUGUUUUUUGUUUUUUUUACCUGUGCUUCUUGAAACGAUCUACAAGUCUGGGUGGCAGCAGAGAGCUCUAAGUGAUGCUGAAUUUCCAGACAGCGAUUCGCCACAGACAGAACCGCUAAAGCUGGGCGGAGAAAAAAACUCGCGAGUACACUUCCACUCUGUUUCUACCACUUCGAACCACUCCGGCGAGAUAGAGUUGCAUAUGUUAGUGCAAUAUGAGUAGAAGAUGUGCCAAAACCUAAACGGAAUUAACCAUAAAACAUAAUUAGGCCUACAGCGUGUUAUGUUAUUGUAGCCUAAGUUGCCGUUUCCAUCUCUAUGCGCUGUUAAAUCCGGUUUAAUAGGGAUUGCUGCAGUUUAUUUGUUUGCAGUUGUGAGAUAAAAGCUCGACUUCUUCUGCCUUUUCUGAUAGGGGUUUCAUUUCUGUUUUUCUGUAGUUGUCAAAGCGGAAUGAAUGACAAAGACAAAGGCGGAUGUUAAUUCGCCAACUCACUUUGUCUCGCCGAAGGAAAGGAGACACAGGCACAAAAUGGAAAGCGGGACGGAGAGCGCCGACAGCGGGCAGGCGAAGCCUCAACAACAGCACCAGUUCGAGCAACAGCCCGUAGUGCAGCCCAUUCAAGUCAACGCAAAGAAAAAAAAUAAUCGGGCUCCAUCACCCGCCAGACCCAAGGAUGUGCCUGGAUGGUCCCUCACCAAGAUCCGUGGAGGAAUCGGUACACCAACACUGAGCGUUAAACCAGGAUCCAUACAUUUAGGCAGCCGGGUGUCCAGGCGUAGUCCGGUUAGCGGGAAAGAGACGAAAUCUGAGAAAGGAAAACUGACGGGAAAAUCCACGGUAUCGGUAGCCAGUGCCCAGAAGAGCAGCAGUAAAUCGAUGAAAGGUGGUCGGAGGAAGGUGUCCGAUGCGAGCAACGCCUCCGACGACCAGAGCAAAGACUCCGGUUGCGCUGCGGGCAAACGUUCGUCAACGGAUAGCAGUUCCGAGCUCUCCGAUUGUGCCUCGGAGGAGAAUAAACUAUCCACGGACGCUCUGAGUAGUGACCUCGAAUCCAACAGCCGAGGCGGGGGUUUUGAUGGCGAUAAACCAAGCAGUGACUGCGGACAUGGGCCACCGGAUAGGGGUAGUCGUGGUGACCAUCACGCCAAGACCCCAGUGGAUAAGGACCGAAUCUCCCUGGGAGUGGAGACCGUAGGGGGGAGCAUUUCUCCAGGGGAUGAACAGUCUCUCACCUCGUUCGACAGCCGGGUGCCUGCCAGCACAUCCCUAGCUUUCUCCGACCUGACGGAAGAGUUUAUGGAUGGCAUGCAUGAAGAAUUUGUCAGAGAAAUCGAGGAACUGAGAUCAGAGAACGAUUACCUAAAAGAUGAGAUGGAGGAGCUGCGCUCUGAGAUGUUGGAGAUGAGGGAUAUGUACAUGGAGGAGGAUGUGUACCAGCUGCAGGAGCUGAGGCAACAGUUUGAGCAGGCCAACAAGACCUGCCGCAUCCUGCAGUACCGCCUCCGCAAGGCCGAGAGACGCAGCCUCCGCGUGGCCCAGACGGGACAGGUAGACGGGGAGCUCAUCCGGACCCUGGAGCAGGACGUCAAGGUGGCUAAAGACGUGUCCAUCCGGCUGCACAACGAGUUGGACUCUGUGGAGAAGAAGAGGGGUCGUCUGGAGCAGGAGAACGAGGAGCUGAGGGUCAGGCUCCAGGACCUAGAGGUGGCCAAGCAGGUCCUGCAGGCUGAGAUGGAGAAGCAACGAGAGAACUCUCUGAAGAAGAGAGGCGCUCGGCCAAACAACAAGCCAGAGAAGAAGCCGUCUGUCCAGCAGGAGGACAACUCUGACCUCAAGUGCCAGCUCCAUUUUGCCAAGGAGGAGUCCGUUCUCAUGUGUAAGAAGCUGACCAAGAUGGCCAAGGACAGCGAGGCCAUGCGGGAGGAGCUGGCCAAGUACCGCUCGGUCUACGGCGAUGUGGACGCCUCACUCACCGUGGAGGAGGUCAACGACUCACCCCACACCCGCGAGGCCGAGGUUAGAGUUCACCUGAAGCUGGUGGAGGAGGAAGCCAACCUGCUGAGCCGGCGCAUCGUGGAACUAGAGGUGGAGAACCGUGGCCUACGGGCCGAGAUGGACGACAUGAAGGGCCAGGAGCUGCCUCCAGGGCUGGGGCUGGGAGGCAUGGGAGGCCCAGGAGGAGGUGGUCUGGAUAACGUGAUGGAGCUCCAGAGGCACCUGCAGUUUGUGGAGGAGGAAGCGGAGCUGCUGCGGCGCUCGCUGUUGGAGAUGGAGGAGCAGAACAAGCUGCUGAUGAAUGAGAUCAACCGCUACAAGUCGGAGCUGCCGCUGACGUUGGACCCAAACCAGAAUGACUCCUCGUCCAUCGCUCUCCUGGAGGAUGGUCAUGGUGGGGGAGCUCUCAUCAGCACCGAGGCCCCCCAGGAGGAGCUGCUGCAGGCCGCCAGGCUCCAGAUCGGGGAGCUGAGCGGCAAAGUGAAGAAGCUCCAGUACGAGAACCGUGUGUUGCUGUCCAACCUGCAGCGCUGCGACCUGGCCUCCUACCACAGCUCUUCUAGGCCCACCCUGGAGACCGACGCUGAGGCAGGGGACUCGGCCGAGUGCCUCCCCAGCCAAGUGUGCCGGGAAGGCCCCAUCGGAGGGGAGAACAAGCCCCUGGAGGAGAAGGAGAAGAAGACGUCGACGGGGGUUCCCAUUCACCUGCACGGUAACGUCCCCCUGGGGCUGAAUGACCAUGAGGCCCUGCUUGCCAUGAGGGACCAGGCCCGCCUCAUCUCUACAGCCAUCCAGCUGCUGACCGCUUCUGAUUCCAACUGCCCCUCCCUCUACCGCAAGAUCUCCUCCAACUCCUCCGGGGAGGCUGCAGAGCCCUGUGUCCCAGAGAAGAGCCAGCAGUCCCAACCCUCGGAGCACCAGGACCUGCCCCUGGUGGAGGCUCUGACGGGCAGGCUGCGAGCACUGCACACCCAGCUCCAGGCCUUCGUGAAGCGAGUGGAGAGCCUUGGCAGCGCCCCUCCUGGGAGGGAGCAGGUGGAGGUGGCAUCCCCCCUGCCUCUACUGUCCGAAGCUGGAGACUCCGUGGUGGAUACGCCCUCUGCCUCACACCCCUGCCCUCCAGACGACCAGGCGGGUGAGAUCACUGCAGGGCAGAAGCAGCCUGACUUUAGGGACCAAUCAGAGCGCGAAGUGAAAGGUCAGGAGGAGGAGGAGGGUGACAGCCACAUUGACAACAACAAGAACCAGGUUAAACAGGAGACGGACACAGCCCUGCAGAUCAGUGAGCUGCAGGCCCUUCUGUUGGAGGCGAGGGACAAUGCUUGCAGGACGCAGGAGGAACUGACUGUGGAGAGGCAGGAGGAACGGACUGUGGAGAGGCAGGAGGAACUGACUGUGGAGAGACGGGAUCACAGAGGCCCCACCCACAGCAGCUCACAGACAUUCACACAGCUGCAGGAGGAGCACCAGAAGGCCCUGACGAGAAGGGACUUCCAGCUACAGAGUCUGAGUCUGCAGACGCGGCUGCAGCAGAAGUUCUGGAGCCAAGAGAGGAACCUGAUGUUGCAGGAGUCCCAGCAGCUCAAGCAGACCCUGCUGCUGCUCAGCCUCAAGCUGCGUUGCUUCCUCAAACAGUGGCGGCUGGGACGCAAGCUGGACACGGAGGCCAAGGAUGUCCUGGAGGUGAACAGCCUGAAGGACCUGUACCUGCUGUUGGAGGAGGAGAGUCUGGCCGCCCACCCCCAACAGGGAGACAACAAGAUUACCUCCGCAGAGGAGCAGCACCUCUGCCCCACCAUCUCAAAGGAGCUCUGUGUGCUGGAGAAGAGCUACACACAGAUGAGCGGCGUGAGCAGCACACUGGCGGACCUGAAGGGAGCGCUCCAGGAUCUGAGCGGAGAGCUGCGAGAGGAGCGCCAGGGCUCUCAGGAACUGACCCAGCAGUUUGCCCGCGCUAAGGCCUCCUGGGAGGUGGAGAGGACAGUGCUCAAGAGCCUCAUUACCCAGCUGGAGAGCAAGGCGGGCUUGGCUGCCCUGGCCGGGGGGGAGAAGGACCUCCAAGGACCUCCCGAACUGAAGGUGGCACUGAAGAGGGAGCGUGAGGAGCACCAGCACCUCCUGGCCGACUCAUAUGCCGCCGUCAUGGACCUGACCAAGCAGCUACAGAUGGGCGAGAGGAACUGGAAUCGCGAGAAGCUGGAGCUCCUAGAGCAUUUCAGUCAGGAGAGGGGCCAGUGGGAGCAGAGGCUACAGUGCAAGAUGUCUCUGCACUACAAAACCACCCCUGAAACAAAAACUGCACUGGACGUUGUUACAAAUGGAACCAAUUUAUCAAGGACCAAGUCCAUCCCGUCCAUGUUGGAGGGUCUGCUGGAGGCCUGUCCUUUCCUUCCGGGUCAGGAGGUCAAUGGUACAGCCAAUGAGGAGGGAGAGAAGGACCAGCCCAGUACCCAGGCCCCUUCCCUUCUAACCCACACAGACCCGGGUGACCUCACCAGGAAGAACUGGAAGUACCUGACCAAUGAGAUGGCUCUGAUGGAGCAGGGUGAUGCCCCCUUCAAGACGUGGGACUGUCCCAGCUCCCCCAGCAGUUUCCUGGACCUGGAGAGCAUCCAGAGGAGCUACACUGCCCCCGACAAGACCGGCAUCCGCAUCUACUACAGCCCCCCUACCAUGCGCCGUAUGGAGAGCCGGCUGGCCAAGGAGAAGCAGGACAAACCUCAAGCUCAGCAAGGCCACCUGUCUCGGGCUUCAACUCCCUCAGACGCUGUGGCCCUGGAGGGCCAACCUCCCUCCUCCGCCUCCUCCUCUUCGUCCUAUGACCAGUGGUUGAGCUCCCUGUCCAAGCAGCACAGGGACCUUCUGGAGAACAGCACCGGUGGCGCGGGGGUGGCACCCUUCCAUGGCCUGGAGAUCUCUGCCAACCUCUCGGACGACAUGAAGGAGAUGACCAACUGCGUGCGCCAGGCCAUCCGCUCCAGCUCUCUGGAGAGGAAUUGCAGCAAGGAUGCGAGCAGCCAGACGGUGGGGGUGUCUAGCCGCUCCACCCAGACGGUCCAAUUUGUGAGCGUGGGGCUGCAGACGGACGGGCUCGGGUCUCGGGGGGUGGGGGGCUUCCACACCAAAUCCUCCUGGUCCCCCCGGCCCUCGUCGUCGCUGGCUUCGGCCCGCUCACGCCACAUCUCCUCGUCCCUGGAUAAGGUGCACAGCCGCAUCGACAGGCCCUGCUGCUCCCCCAAGCUACAGCGACGCAUUUCCGCCUCCUCCUCCAAGCUGGACGGAGGAGGAUUGUCCUCGGCUUCAUCCAGAGACCGCAGCCUGUGGAACCUCCACCAGCGGUCCUCGACCUCCAGCGGCUCGGCCUGGGCCCGUUCCACCACCACCAGGGACAGCCCCGUGCUCAGCGGCCUCAACGAUGGCCUGUCCAGCCUGUUCAGCGUGGUGGAACACUCCGGCAGCGUAGAGUCCCUGUGGAAGAGUGAGCCAGGGGCCAGCCCAGCCCGCCAGGCAGCAGGGAAGCCCUCUGGCCCUGGACCAGACACCGGAGCCCAGAAAUAUGGCCCCUUCCAGGAGUUUUUCAGGAAUGUGUGCGGCCGGACCGGAACGACCAUGCCCGGGGGAGGGGAGAGGGGGCAGAGGGAGGUGGGGGCCAUGGAUGAGCCCAAGCCUGAGUGCCUCUCCGGGGUUUCGCUGGUGGGGAACGACAGCGUCACCAAGAUCGUCAACAAGAGGUUCAUGAGACAGAUGCCCAGGGAGGAGUUGGGGGCCACUGCUAACGAUCAAACUGCCAGAGACCUGACCUUGAGCUCCAGCAUGGAGGAUGCAGCGUGUGAUUGCAACUCCCAGUCUCUUACAUCCUGCUUCGCCCGGCCCUCCCGCUCAGCCACACGCCAUUCACUGGGCCACUGCAUGCACCGCUCUCAGGAGCCUCCCACGGCAACAGAGGAGAGAGUGGAUGCAGGCAAUGAGUGAUGGAUCAGUGAGAACACACACACACACACACACACACACACACACACACACACAUACUGCCUCACCAACACACUGCCACAUAAGCUACAGUACUGUCACAAAAUGUAGACACAAACAUCUUGGCUACACCAACACACUGCUACAUACAUACUGUACAUACACACAAUCCCUCACAAACUGCCACACAGAACCACUGUCACAUGCACACAUACUCACACACACACACACAUCUGGAAUUGGAACUCAACCCAAGCAGCACAUUCUAAUGCCAAGGAUAUAGGAAGACCAGAAUCUCCUAGGAUUCCUCUUUGAGCACCAGAACCACUACCAACUACCAGCAGGACAACAACCUCACACACAACACACAUACUGGAACAGUAAUGACACACUACUUCCUAUAUACUGCAGUAUUUAGGGAAUAGGGUGCAAUUUUGCGCACAAACAGUUUGUGGAAACGACCACCUAGGAAUUCAGACAGUCUUAUAUGAUGUCAGAACCCACAACACUCUACUUUACCUAUUUUUGGAAUUGCAUAGGGAAAACACACUGGGCUACUAGAUUUCUCCAAAGUGGAUCUUCCCAACCGACAGGGAUAUGAGGUGGUUUGUUAGCUGCUCCCAUUCCAAAUACCAAUCCUAUUCCCAGUCCAAUUCCCUAGCCAGCACCAGUCCCUUCCCAACCCAGCAUCUGGAGAGCUCUGUCCAAGCCUCCUCCCUAACACCAAGCAGAGGAUUCUACUGGUGUGGACCGCCUCUUGCCAUUAUCAACCAACAACCAUAAAAAAACAUCUCAUCAAUGUAUGUUCAUUUUUUUAUGUCAACUACCUCCCUGUUUUUCUGAAAGACUUUCAUCCAAUGAAGGGGUAGGACAUUUACAUCCUGUUACGUAUGAUAUGAUGAUUCUGUUUUCUAAAGGUUGUUUGAAUGUUUGUAAUCUGCCUGUUGGCACACAUUGAUAGGAUGGUGGUUAAGACUCUGAGACCCUAUGAGUUUUGUCUCGUGUGUACUAUACUGUAGGAUGUAGAUGUAUAAGAGGAUCCCAGCUGUAAAGAUAACUCCCUGCCAGGAAAAAACAAACUUGUCCCAUUUCGAGAGACAAUGCAUUCCUUUGUUACGUUACAAUUCCAAUUACACUCUGGCUAAUCUGUUAACGUGUGAGUGUGUGUGCACUGUAUGUUUGUGAGUGUGUGUGCGUGCGUGCGUGCACUGUGUGUUUGUGAGUGUGUGUGCGUGCACUGUGUGUGUGUGAGUGUGUGUGUGUGCGUGCACUGUGUGUGUGUGAGUGUAUGUGCACUGUGUGUUUGUGAGUGACAGAAUGCUCAUUCUAGAAUGCCUUUGCAGCAUUCCCAUAUAGUGAAGGCAGUUGUUGUUGCACAGUGUUUCUGCUUCAUCCUUCAGCCAUCGACUGUCUGUGUUCCUGACCUCUCGUCUCCUGCUUUAAAUGUAACAGGACACAAUGUCCUCUACAGAAGGUUAGCUCCUUCCUUUUCUCAUGUCACCACUGAAGUCCUGAGAUAUUGUUCAGUACCAGUCAAAGGUUUGGACACGCUACUCAUUCAAGGGUUUUUCUUUAUUUUUACUAUUUUCUACAUUGUAGAGUAAUAGUGAAGACAUCAAAAGUAUGCAAUAACACAAAUGGAAUCAUGUAGGAACCAAAAAAGUGUUAUACAAAUCAAAAUAUAUUUUAGAUUCUUCAAAGUAGCCACCCUUUGCCUUGAAGCUUUGCACACUCUUUACAUUCUCUCAACCAGCUUAAUGAGGAAUGCUUUUCCAACAGUCUGGAAAGAGUUCCUACAUAUUCUGAGGGCUUGUUAGCUGCUUUUCCUUCAUUCUGCAGUCCAACUCAUCCAGAACCAUCUCAAUUGAGUUGAGGUCGGGUGAUUGUGGAGGCCAGGUCAUCUGAUGCAGCACUCCAUCACACUCCUUCUUGGCCCUUAAACAGCCUGGAGGUGUGUUGGUUCAUUGUCCUGUUGAAAAACAAAUGAUAGUCCCGCAGAAUUCUGUGGUAGCCAUGCUGGUUAAGUGUGCCUUGAAUUCUAAAUAAAUCACAGACAGUGUCACCAGCAAAGCACCCCCACACCAUCACACCUCCUCCUCCAUGCUUCACGGUGGGAACCACCGUCUCACAAAGACGAGGUUGGAACCAAAAAUCUCAAAGUUUGACUCAUCAGACCAAAGUACAAGUUUCCACCAGUCUAAUGUCCAAUGCUCGUGUUUCUUUGCCCAAGCAAAUCUUAUUUUGAUUGGUGUUUUUUAAUAGUGGUUUCUUUGCAGCAAUUCGACUAUGAAUUCACACAGUCUCCUCUGAACAGUUGAUGUUGAGAUGUGUCUGUUACUUGAACUCUGUGAAACAUUUAUUUGGGCUGCAAUCAGAGGUGCAGUUAGCUCUAAUGAACUUAUCCUCUGCAGCAGAGGGAACUCUGGGUCUUCUUUUCCUGUGCUGUUCCUCAUGAGAGCCAGUUUCAUCAUAGCGCUUGAUGGUUUUUGCGACUGCACUUGAAGAAAUGUUCAAAGUUCUUGACAUUUUCCAGAUUGACUGACCUUCAUGUCUUAAAGUAAUGGACUGUUGUUUCUCUUUGCUUAUUUGAGCUGUUCUUGGUAUUUUACCAAAUAGGUCUAUCUUCUGUAUACCACCCCUACCUUGUCACAACACAACUGAUUGGCUCAAACGCAUUAAGAAGGAAAGAAAUUCUACAAAUUAACUUUUAGCAAGGCACGCCUGUUAAUUGAAAUGCAUUCCAGGUGACUACCCAAUGAAGCUGUUUGAGAGAAUGACAAAAGUGAGCAAAGCUGUCAAGGCAAAUGGUGGCUAUUUUGAAGAAUCCCAAAUUUAAAAUAAAAAUUGUUUAACACGUGGUUAUUACAUGAUUCCAUAUGUGUUAUUUCAUAGUUUGAUGUCUUCACUGUUAUUCUUCAAUGUAAACAAAAUAAAGAAAAACCCAUGAAUGAGUAGGUGUAUCCAAACCUUUGACUGGUACUGUAUGUGUGAUGUUUCUUAGGAAAAAACAACAUUGUGGAAAUGGAGGGAACAAAGGCCUCAGUUGUGAAGAGAGUUUGUUGUACCUUUAAUUUAAAGUCAGAGUCUGAGAAGUUGUCUAGUUAGAUUUGAUGUAUUCCAUCUAUUUCAGUGUCUACGGUCUGAUAGAUGUCAAUCAGUCUGUUAAUAUGGUGACUGUUGUGGUGUUGACUUUGAAGUGCCUGUUAGACUAGGUCAGCGCGCACCAAACCGCACUUCAGAACAACCCCAGACCUUUUCAACGGACACCAUUGUUCAUGUAAUAAUUUUAGACACAAGGGAGAUAUAACCUGUACUCUAUAGUACAUCAUUCUGAAGUAAUACGCCAUCACCAACUCUGAAAAGCACAGAGAGUGAAUGGUUACUUUCUUUUGAUACCAAGGAACUUUUUUCAGAGAAGUAAAUUAUUUUUAUUAGUUUUUUUAUAAAAUGUUUAUAUACACACACACACACACACACACACACACACACACUCACACGUUUGUUUUUCUCUCGGAUUGUAAUGGUGCUGGACUAAUAGUGCAGAUUCUGUUAUUUUAAAAAGUGCUUUUUACAAUGCUUUUAUGUAAGAGAAAUUACUCAGCUUUGCUAUAUUGGCACAUAGUAUUCUAUUUAAAUGGCUAUUGGUUAGGAGUCAGUCCCUGGCAGGUGCCUUAAUGAUGAGCAUGUCACUGUCGUAAAAAUGGAUUUGGCCGCUACCGAGAGCCUCACUGAUCAUGUAACAGGCACACACACACACACACACACCUCUCUCUCGCUCUCUCUCUUUCCCUCCCUAGAAGCUGAGUUAGCAAGGGCAGUCAGCAGGCUAUUUUGUGUGUUUCUUCUUUUUUUAAGAAGGAAAUUAUGACUCGUCUCUUUAAAUAGGGAAUUACAGUAGUAGGUCUCUCAAAGUCUUUAAAUGUACUUGCGGUUCAAACCCACAAUUUCUCACAGGCCCAGCCAUCCAACCACUGACGAGCUUGAUUCCAGUCCACACAGACAGACUUAACUGGUCUGGUUCCUCCUGCCUUUGAUAAAAGCUGCUGCCAUACCCGUUCCGCUACCUCCCUGGCCUCCUCUGCCCUUUGACCUGGAAGAACUAAAUGCAAGGCUGUCACUUGUACCUACCUACCUGCCCGAGGCCCACCAUGUUUGUUGUGUUGUCAGUAAGGUCACUAGAGUGCCUUUCUAAAAUAAAAAUGUCUUGGUGAGCAGCAGUAGUUAGUAAAACACAAAGUGUUAUACAGUAUCCAAAACCACUUGGCUGUUCUACCUUCCUAAAACAAGUAACUGAGCACAGUUAGCAAAACAAAGUGUUAUACAGUAUCCAAAACCACUUGGCUGUUCUACCUUCCUAAAACAAGUAACUGAGCACAUGAAUGGAAGUGAAGUCAUAAUUAUGUACAUUUUAAAAGGGAACUGAAAAUAUAUGCUUCUUCUUAAUACACUUCGGGUUUUAUGUUUACAGUAAAGGUCUUUCCUAUUGUUUUUUAAAUAGUUUCGGUCUAAUAUAUCCUUUCUACCUGUCUGUCAAGUACACAUGUUAGGCUCCUCUCCCUCAGGUAACAGUAGCUGGUCCCACAGCAGGUAGCCAAUGACAGGAGAGAGUCUUGGUUCAGUCUAAAGCAACGGUCCAAUCAGAGAGAGAGAUACUGCUAGGCAUGAGAGGGCAAUGCCACUGUACCAUGUCAUUGUUCAUCUAUCCUUAAGCAAACUGCAUGAUGUCACCUCCCCAUCCACACUGUCACAUCACAAUGCCUAGCAAUAUGUACAUGAAUUCUUAGCUUACGCUGUUAAUAAUAUUAGCUAAAUUAUUACUGAAAGAUUGCCUGUAUAUUCGCUUUAUAUAUUUCCUUUCUUUCUAAUACAUUGACUCUUGGGGAAAAAGAGAAUGCAAUGACUGAAAAUGAAACAAAAAAAUCAUUGCUUGUAUUGUUACUUGAAAAGGAUACAUCAACAUUAUUUGUACUCUUUCUAUCCUUGCGUAGAGAAUAAAGCUGAAUGUCUACUGUAGCUAUGAGCUGACUGUUGAAGUAUGUAGCUCUCUCCCUUUCUACAGACACUGUCUUUGUACAGACUCAUUUUAAAAAAGAAAGUAAAAAGAUAAGAAAUGGAACGGGAUUUAGAUUUUUAGGGGGUUUUGGGGUUGUUCUUUUCCAACCAUGUACCCUGUUCAGCUGAGAUCUCAUUUCCUUCUGUUUAUUAUAUAGACCACAAAUAAAUGUUUGUUGAAAAUAAAGAAUCUAUUCUCUCAUCA